AUGGUUCAACUCACUCAAGUUAUCUCCGCCGUCAUCUUUGGCCUAGGAGCACAAGCUGCCGCUACCCCCGCCACCCUGCAAAAGCGCGACACCGUCGACCUCGGUGUCUUCCACGACGGAGGCUGCGCGGGCGCCUUCACCAACAACUUCGUCGUCUCCUCUGGCCGGUGCCAAGACUUCUCGGGAAAUGUAUACGGCGCGGUCUUCAAGAACCAGGGCGGAAAUGUCUGCAAGCUCAAGUUCUGGGCCAACGCCGGGUGCAGUGGAAAGGCGACGGUCAGCACGGUCAACCCGUACCAGGAUCAUGUUUGCGUUCCUGUUGCCAAUAAAGACGGGCAGUUCUAUUUGACGGAUGGGGCGCGGUCUGUGUACAUCACUUGCUGA